AAUCACGCGACGGACUCGAAUCAAUAUAGAUCAGUCUUGACGAUGUGAGAUCAGCUCUAUGGGCACAAACCCCGCAGAGUCCGUCGCAGCCGCGAUAAACGAUGGCAAGACUCAUCUCCUUUUAGCCGCAAGUGGCUCCGUCGCUACAAUCAAAAUACCCUUGAUAAUAUCCGCAUUACGAAGACAUACCAAUCUCUCGAUCCGCGUCAUUCUUACAAAGUCUGCAUCUUUCUUCCUCCAGGGACAAUCCGCGGAACAGCCCACCAUCGCAUCUAUAGCCGCACUACCCAACGUCGACGCUAUCUAUCAAGAUGAAGACGAGAUGACUGAAUCCUGGGUCCGAGGGGCGGGGAUUCUACAUAUCAACCUGCGCAAAUGGGCGGAUAUCUUGGUCAUUGCGCCGUUGAGCGCAAAUACAUUAGCCAAGAUUGUUAAUGGAUUAAGUAAUAAUUUGUUGACCGAUGUCAUACGGGCAUGGGAUACUUCUGGAUUGGUGGAUGGUGGAGCUAGAAAGAGGAUUUUGGUUGCGCCUGCGAUGAAUGCGGCAAUGUGGUUGCAACCCAUCACAAAGAAACACAUCCUCGUGUUGGAUAAGGAAUGGGGCGUCGAAGCUGAUGAUGGUACCCUCGAACAUCAGGGAUGGUUCGAAGUGCUAAAACCUAUUGAGAAAUCUCUUGCUUGCGGAGAUGUCGGCGUUGGAGGAAUGAUGGAAUGGACUAAUAUCGUAAAGAUAAUUGAGCAACGAUUAGGUCUUGUCGCUCCAUCUGAGUGAGCAGACUGAUACGACUGGCGCGUAUCCGAGAGUUGAUUAGACUAUAUAAAGUAGAACUUUAGAGCAGAGAAUUAGCAGACCUGAUUUCAGUUGG